UACCCUGGAAAUUCCAUUGCUUGCCUGUGCCUACAACUCUCUCCCAGGCCUCAGAGUUCCUAUAAAGAGGGGAUCCCAACUCAGUAUCAGCACAGAACGCAGUUGAGUUCUGAAGCUUCUGGGCUCUGCAGUAUCAGCUCCGGGAAAGCCUCUACUCUGAAAGACCAUGAAGCUCUUUGUGACUGUCCUUUCUCUUCUUGUGCUAGUGGCUGCCUUCUGCUCCCCGGCACUCUCAGCACCAAUGGGCUCAGACCCUCCCACCUCCUGCUGCUUCUCUUAUGUCAUGCGGAAGCUCCCUCGAAACUUUGUGGUGGAUUACUUUGAGACCAGCAGCCUCUGCUCCCAGCCAGCUGUGGUAUUCCAAACCAAAAGGGGCAGACAAGUCUGUGCUAACCCCAGUGAAUCCUGGGUCCAGGAAUACAUGGAUGAUCUUGAACUGAACUGAGCUGCUCCAGUCCAGGUGCAAGAGGUGUCCAGGGAAGGUCACCUGAACCCAAUGCAUCUCAGUGAGACACACCUGCUCCAUACUCAUGACUCUUCUCAGUAGCCCGUUCCUUAUCUUAAUUUAAUCUUAUUAUGUGCUGUGUUAUUGUAUUUGGAGUUAUUUCUGUUAUUUGUUUUACCAAAGGAUAUUUGUCCCCUAUGGGGAUGGUCCAUAAUUACUGUUUCUCUGCUAUUGUAGAUAUAUGGAUAAUGCAGCUGAUUCCAUGUGUUUUCAAAAUAAAACUUCUUUUAAAAUGUA